AUGUCGACCUACUGCAACCUUGCCGAAGAGCGCGCUGCCUUGCAGGCGGCCGUUACUGCCAAUCUCGAGAUGACCCUCGGUGACCCCAGCAAGUACGAGCUGGUGCAAAACGAGCUUGGUGAGCUCCUGGAGCAGCUGGAGGCGCUGGACGAGGAGGACGAGCAGGACCGCGCCAACGGACUGGAGCCCCCCAAGGAGUACGUCUCCUCCUCCCCCCUGCCCGCGAUCUCCGAAGCUGAUGAGGACGAUGUGUCCGACUUCUCGUUGACGCUGUCUCAGUCUGACUCUGAGUCUCAUUCCGAUGGUAGCGAUGGAGAGGCCAGCAGCGAGGGUGGUUCUGAGAGCUCUGACGAGGAUGCGGGCACCCCGAUGCUUUUCUUUCGCAUCCCCCAGGACCAUCCCUACACCAUCGAGGCCCGUGAAGAUGAACCACUCCUGGGGCGUCGCGGGGAUGUCAUCCAGAAAGACAACGAAUCCAUCUUCUUCAAUCUUUUUACAGGAACCGCAACCUUUGCCCAGUUUGGCAUCUGGAUGCUCAUCAUCUUGAUCUGGUCGGGCAUCUUCAACCACCCACUCAUUCUCUUCUCCGCCCAUCCGCUGCUCAACUCCUCCGCCAUUCUGCUACAGGUCCAGGCCGCACUCAUUCUCCAACCCACUGUCACUCCCCAGCAAAAGACUCUGGGCACUCGCGUGCACUACUCCUUGCAGGCCGUCAGUCUGAUCACCUUUAUCGCCGCCUUCAUCGUCAUCGAGGUGAACAAGGGCGAUCACCCGCGACUGACCUCGCCCCAUGGGAUUCUCGGCUUGAUCACGUAUAUUCUGAUUAUUCUCCAGUCCCUCAGCGGCAUCGUGCAAUACUUUCUCCCUCGAUUGGUCCUGGGCAGCGCCGACCGGGGAAGAAGUGUCUACAAGUACCAUCGGUUGUCGGGAUAUUUGCUGCUGGUCCUGGAACUGUCCACCGUCGCGGCGGCCACUCGGACCACCUUUAAUCUCACCGUUCUGGCCAUUCCGCUGUGGGCGGUCUUGGUUGCGGCGGUCCUGGUGCUGCUGGGCGUGGGGGCUCGCGUUAAAAAGCAUAAACUGGGUUUAUACAUCAACUUCGAUCCCAAUGCGCCGCCGGACUGGGUUCAUCGCCAGCCAGAUCCCUCCCGCUCACACGUCGCCAUCGGCACCACCCUCGGCCUGAUUGAUUUCACCAGCUCGGCCACCACCACCGGCUGGGGAUGGUAUUUCCUCACCAACGAGGGCGCCCUGUUGGAGCAGGCUCUCAUUCAGUACGCCCUGGGCGUCGCCCGCGCCCGCGGCUGGAAACCUGUCUCCCCGCCGUCCAUCGUCUACUCGUACAUCGCCGAAGCUUGCGGCUUCCAGCCCCGCGACCAGCACAACGAACAGCAGAUCUGGGCCAUCGAGCAGUCCGACCGGGACAAGGCGUCUAAGCCUCCGCGCUCGCUCGCCGGCACCGCGGAGAUUCCCCUCGCCGCCAUGUACGCCGGCCGCGAUCUCGACGCUUCCGUGCUGCCGCUCAAGCUCGUCGGCCCCAGUCGCUGCUAUCGCGCCGAGGCCGGCUCGCGCGGCGUCGACACCAAGGGCCUCUACCGCGUGCACGAGUUCACCAAGGUCGAGAUGUUCGCCUGGGCCGAUAACCUCGAGAGCACAGAAACGGGAGCCGAGAACACCCCCACCUCCGACGACCUGUUCGCCGAGCUCCUCGCCAUCCAAACCGAGAUCCUCACCGCACUCGGCCUGCCCUGUCGCGUCCUUGAGAUGCCCACCUCCGACCUCGGGGCCAGCGCCACCCGCAAACGCGAUAUCGAGGCCCUCUUCCCGUCGCGACUACGCGCUACGGCGGAGGGCGCCGCGCCGGAGCUGGAGUCCGCCUGGGGAGAGGUCACCUCCGCGUCGAUCUGCACUGACUACCAGAGUCGCCGGCUCGGUACGCGCGUGCGCGGCGGCAAGGCCAAGGACUCGCGGUUCCCGCAUACAGUCAAUGGCACAGCGAUGGCCGUGCCCCGCGUGCUGGCUGCCAUUCUUGAGAACGGAUGGGAUGCCCAGCGGGGAGUGGUGGUUGUGCCGGAGGUGUUGCGGAGUUACAUGGGUGGCAUUGAAACCAUCGGGCCGCAGCGUGCUUAG